UGGAGUGCGGCGCCGCCGCGGAGACCCGGACGGCCAGCUGGCGGGAGGGCGCGGCGGCCGCAGGGCGCAGGCGGCGGUCUGCAGGGCGGCAGCCUCCCGAGGGCCAGCCUCGCCGAGCCCGGAACUGGGUCCGAUUGGUGGCGGGCGAGGCGGCAGCCCGGCGCACACCAAAGAGGAGGCGGCUGUGGAGGCAGCGGCGGCCCCAGCCAUGCUGUGCUAUGUGACGAGGCCGGACGCGGUGCUGAUGGAGGUGGAGGUGGAAGCGAAAGCCAACGGCGAGGACUGCCUCAACCAGGUGUGCAGGCGGUUGGGAAUUAUAGAAGUGGAUUAUUUUGGACUGCAGUUUACGGGUAGCAAAGGUGAAAGUUUAUGGCUAAAUCUGAGAAACCGGAUCUCCCAGCAGAUGGAUGGGCUAGCCCCUUACCGGCUUAAACUGAGAGUCAAGUUCUUCGUGGAGCCUCAUCUCAUCUUACAGGAGCAGACUCGGCAUAUCUUUUUCUUACACAUCAAGGAGGCCCUCCUGGCCGGCCAUCUCCAGUGCUCCCCCGAGCAGGCAGUGGAGCUCAGCGCCCUCCUGGCCCAGACCAAGUUUGGAGACUACAACCAGAACACCGCCAAGUACAGCUACGAGGAGCUGUGUGCCAAGGAGCUCUCCAGUGCAGCCUUGAACAGCAUUGUUGCAAAGCAUAAGGAGCUGGAGGGGACCAGCCAGGCCUCGGCGGAAUACCAGGUCUUGCAGAUCGUGUCGGCGAUGGAAAACUACGGCAUCGAAUGGCACUCUGUGAGGGACAGCGAAGGGCAGAAGCUCCUCAUUGGGGUUGGACCUGAAGGAAUCUCAAUUUGUAAAGAUGACUUUACCCCAAUUAAUAGGAUAGCGUACCCCGUGGUGCAGAUGGCCACCCAGUCGGGAAAGAACGUGUACUUGACGGUCACCAAGGAGUCCGGGAACAGCAUCGUGCUCUUGUUUAAGAUGAUCAGCACCAGGGCUGCCAGCGGGCUCUACCGAGCAAUCACGGAGACGCAUGCUUUCUACAGGUGUGACACAGUGACCAGUGCCGUCAUGAUGCAGUAUAGUCGAGACUUGAAGGGCCACCUGGCAUCUCUGUUUCUGAAUGAGAACAUUAAUCUCGGCAAGAAGUAUGUCUUCGACAUUAAAAGAACAUCGAAGGAGGUGUAUGACCACGCCAGGAGGGCUCUGUACAAUGCCGGCGUGGUGGACCUGGUCUCCAGAAGCGAGCACAGCCCUCCCAGCUCGCCCCUGAAGGCCUCGGAGAGCAGCCUGAACUGCAGCAGCUGCGAGGGCCUCAGCUGCCAGCAGACCCGGGUGCUGCAGGAGAAGCUGCGCAAGCUGAAGGAGGCCAUGCUGUGCAUGCUGUGCUGUGAGGAGGAGAUCAACUCCGCCUUCUGCCCCUGCGGCCACACUGUGUGCUGUGAGAGCUGCGCAGCCCAGCUCCAGUCGUGUCCUGUCUGCAGGUCGCGGGUAGAACAUGUUCAGCACGUCUAUCUUCCAACUCACACCAGUCUCCUCAACCUCACCGUCAUCUGAUCUGCUGUGCACUUACCGCACAGGCCACGCUUCCAGGAGCUGCGCUAUUACAAACUAGGAGGAUGAUAGAUUGUGGAGAAAAUAAAUACUCCAACACCCAUCUGCCAUGCAACCUUUUUAAAAAAAAGGGAGAAUAAAAAGAAUACAACACUCCUCACCACCAAAACAUGCCAUCAGCAGCUCCAGUGGUGGGGACCAGGGAGAGCUCGAACAUGGACACAUUCCUCGGACUUCCAUUCUUUUUAUGAUCAAGUAAAGGAAUAAGUAAAACCUCUGAUGUCAUUAGGUGGCAACAUAGCCAAAAAGUGGGUACCUUUUAGGAAGUGAUGUUGUAAGUCUCUUAAUGUAUCCCAAGGUAAGUUUCCUACCUGCAGCCAAUUUUGUAAGAAUUGGUUUUAAGAAUUGACCUGGUUACUUCGGGGGGGCUUUUUUUGUUUUGUUU